AUGCUGCUUGCUUGUGCGCUCCUGGUCUCAACGAGCAGCAACGAGCAGCUCCUGCAGUGGUUUCCCGUCAUGUCGAACAUGCCCAUGUAUCGCGCUGAUGGUACCUCGGCUCUCGCCUCUAUCCCUGGACAAGUCUCAGAGGUGAAGAGGAUGGAGAACAAGGACAGGAAGCUGGCGGAGACGCAGGCGAGGCUCAAGUCGCUCGAGAAGGAAGUCGAGAAGGAGAGAAACGAGGUGCAGCGAGCCAUCUCCUCUGCCAAGGAGGCCUCGAGCACCAGCACGUCUGCUGCCUCUGCCCGGGUGUCGGAGGCAGAGGCGAGAGAGGCGACGGGUCUGCCCUGGCACCCUCUCAUGGGGACUGACAUCAGCUUCGUCCCCACCAGCGACUACCCGGAGGUCAUGAAGGGCUCCUGGCACAACAACGAGCUCUCCGAGGAGCAGGAGGCCGCGGGCAGAAGCAGCUCAGGACUGGAGGGAAUGCGAGGGCUGCCGUGGCAGGAAGGGAUGGGAACUGACAUCAGCUUCAUCCCCACCAGCGACUUCCCGGGCGUGAUGCGAUACUCCUGGCACCACAACGAGGACCCGCGCGAAGAGGAGGAGCGAGCGGCACCGAAGACGCAGUCGAUGAGACUGGUGAAGGCCAAGUCGAGGAGCGGGAAAGGCGAGUCCCAGGAAAGGAUCCGCUUCGACGAGGCUCUAAACCGCUUCCUCUCCGACGGGUCUCGUGAUCACUCGACUGUGGUCCGAGGGCAUCAGAAGUCUUUGAAGGACUACAACUUUGACAGCCAGGCGAAGGAUGGGGAGGAGACGUGGACGGCUGGGCUCCAGUACAAGGGAGGACCUUGCUCUUUUCCCGGAGCUUGCAACCAUGGCAAGUUCGUUUACCAAGGGGAUGACUCGUACAUGGCCGGUAGACACAACCGCUAUGCCAAGGAUGAGGAGAAGGAGGACGAGUCUGGUGAGGUCAAGUCGACGGGGACGGGAGAGGAGGAGGGGUUGGAGGAUGCUCAACUGAUGAACUCGUUGGAUGACUACGUCAGCUCUGACGAUGCUGAGAUGCACGACCUUCUUACGUCCAGCGCUCCCCGCGUCGAUCACUUUGGCCACCUUGCCCCCAACUCCAUCGCCAACCAGAAGAUCAUGUACGGGCCCUGGUACCACCAGGUGGAGGCGAACAUGGUCGGACAUCCGAUCCACCCCGAAGGGAAGGGGAGGAGGAUCACUGCAGAGGAGGUGAAGGAGGCGCAGGAGAAGGCAGGUACGGAGUUCUACCAGGACUACUACCCGACCAAGGAACUGGGAGAUGAUCAGAUCGGAGGGGAGGACGAGGAGGUUCCUGUGCCCAAGGCGAAGCAGGAGGAGGCAAGCAUGGUAGAGGAUCACUUGGGAGCGCUGGAGCCUGAGUCGGAGGAGAACCAGCGGAUCGUGAACGGGAAGUACUGGAAGGAGCUCAGGAGAGACGGGCUGCGGGACAGAGUGGUGGGGCAGGAGGAGGGGGAGCGGCAACUCGUGGGGGCAACAAGGGAUAGGACUCUUGCUGAUCACGUGACGGAUUUCCACUUCUACUCCUUCCCCCGCGAUGAUAAGAAAAUCUUCACUGGAACUGAUGAGGAUGUUGAGAAUAAGAUCGGGACCCUCGGGUCGAAUUCCAAGUACAUGUAA